UUUACAAAUGAGAGCAAACUUUUACCAGGACUGGUUUGGAUGCAUCGGACGCUUUCUGUAAGUCUUAGGAGUGUAGGAAAAACCAACAACUUUUAUUAAGUUUAUGGGUGGCAACAGUGUAAAAUAAUACAUUGUCAAUCCUACAUUGUUUUGAGUUGAAUCGCUUAAUUGUUGUAUUGGAAGAGCUUUUGCAAUGAAGAGACAAAUGGGAAGGUAUUUAAUUCCUACGUGUAAACCAUCAAAAGAUGAACUUAAACUCCAGAAACAUCAACACCUUUUUUUAAAUCAAGAUGUGCCACAUCACCACCCAAACCAACACAACUCCAGAAGAUCAUCUGGAAAUAACACAGAUCACCCUCAACACACUGGGGGGACUGAACCCCACAAAAGACAACUUAACACUCAUCCUACAGCAUUGAUAUCCAGCUUCUCAUCUUCCGCUUCUUCUUCUACAUCUUUGCUUUCUGAGUCCAGUUUGGAAAACGAUUGGCAUUUCCAGCUAAAAAAAUCCCAGCAUUCUGUGUCCUGUUCCAACCUCCCAGAGGCUAGGAUUUUUCUAGACGAUGCUUUAAGGAACUCAGAUUUUAAUCUAAGUGACUCAACAUUUUCUGUCCAACCUUAUCAACAGAAACAACAGUAUUUUGGUCAUUCUGAAAAGCAACAACAGGUCUCAGAGCUAGGACUAGGGAAAUCACCCCUAUACCGAAGCCAUAGCAAAAAUGUAGAGGAGCUUCUGCAGGGUGUAAGCCAAGAAUGUAGUCCUGUGGCACAUGGGACACCUGACCCAUUGGAGAUCGGCCAACUUUACAAAACUAUCAGCCUGGGACAAAACCUUGGUGUUAAUGAUAAGUCUGCUGCAACAGUAAACAUGACAAGACCAAAGAGGGCUGUCUCAUCUAUUCAGAUUCCAAGCAAGGGUAUUCUUAAAAACAAAGAUGGAGGGCCAAAGCAUGGAAACGUCCGGAAAGCCAAGUCUAUGGAAGCACUGUCCAGCAAGAGACAAAUAUCUGGUCCUUAUAAGCAGGGGUCUGUGGAGGCAUUUAGGUAUAACUUUGUAAAAGAGAAGAUAGAAUUCUCUGCCUUUCUAGAUGAGAUAACCAGGCAGGUAAUCAGACCCUCAAGACUCAACUCUUUCAGGCUUAAUCCCAACCCUACCCCACCAUCUCACAAGUUGUCACACGAAGGCCAAAGACAGCCUGGUAAAGCAUCCAACCAGGAACCAGAACACGUUCAGAAGUCAAACAAACAGCACAGUAUCCGGACUGUGAAAUCUGACAUUAAAAAAGGAAGAACAGAUUUAAAUAAUUAUGGUCAUAAAUGUAUAACCGGAAGCAUUUCGGGUACGCUAGAUCAACAUCAGCAACAACGCAGUCAAGCGAAGCAGCAGUCCACUCCUGAAAAUUAUAGCGCUACAGCACAUAAAGAGCCCCAUCGAAAAUAUAGCCAGCUCCUCAAUGAAGGUACCAGCACCAGUUCUGAGUCCAUUACACAGGUGAAACACUCUCAAGCUAAAAGUGAAUGGGGUAAUAAUGGUGGUGGUUGUAGAGAAGUUAAUUCUGAGAACAAUGCCUCAUCUCUGCCUGCUGGACUGGGCAUUGAGUUCACAAAAAAAUCCUCCAUGGUGAAUACCCCUAGCAUGGAGAAUAUCAACAGGCACAGAUAUAUGGGUUACAGGAGACACUCCAAACAAUCACACAGGGAUUCAGUGAGCAGCAUGGACAAAGCCCAAUUGCUGGAGCAGUACAACAGUGACUUGCAUGAGAAUUUGUUGCAGCUGGUGUCAUGCAUUGAAAACAUGGAGGCAGAGCUUCAAUUUACCAAGACAGAAUUAGGCAGUGUUAAAGAGAAUUGCAAAAGGCUUCAGGAGGAUUACCAAAGCUGUCAGCAGGCAAACAAUGUCCUGGAGCAAAAACUCCAGUCUGUGAUGGACAGCAUGAAUUCACAGCAGAAGGAUCACUUACACCGGAUUUCAGAGCUGAACAAACAGCUGGAAACAGGAAAACAUUUAAUCAUCUCACUGGAAGACAUUAAUAUUCCCUCAUUAAUUAAGGAGCUUUUGGACAAUCAUUUUGACUCUAAAGACGCAUUGAAGAACUUCUUAUUGUCCUCCUCAGCACGUAGUCAACCAGACACUGACAAUUCAAAUAAAACCUUAGGAGUUAGGGACAACCAAUCAUCUCCAAAGGAAAAGGAUGACAGGGUAUCUGUAGGGUUAGUUUCUAAGCAGGGAGAUUCAACUGACAGGCAGGAGCAUGUGGCAGCCUUUUGGCCAUGGGUAGAAGGUCAAGACCCUGGUGUUACAUUAAAAAAAGACAGAUGCAAGUGCCCACCUACAUACUAAAGCAGGGGAUUCCAACCUUCACUCUGCUGCUGUCGAUAUUAAUUUUGCCAUCUAUAGGCAAAUACCAGAUGCAAAGGCCAAAGUACAUGCCCCCGGAAUCACAAUGCAUGAUUUAGGCUUACAGACAGAAACACCAUCCAUCAGCAUGUUGGCCCAUAGGCCUGGUGAAGAUCUAAUCAGUACAGUUUCGAGGAGAUAAAAGGAACAGGAAAAUGGAGAGCAGAAGGAUGUGCAGGAAUUGCACAGCAGGAGUCUGAUGAGGUUACUUAUCUUACAGCACAGAAGAAUUUGGAUAAUUUUAAAAGCCAACUUCCUUCCUAGUAAAAGAGUCAAAGAAGAAGCAGAUGCAGAGAGAUCCUAAGGAGAGGGACUGGAUCAGAGAGCCUACAGAUGGGCUUUAGGCUGCUUUAUUUGCUUGAUUUAUGUUGGUCAAUUUAUUGAGACUGGUCUGAGUUAGGAAUAUAAUUAGACUUGAGGAUAGUGAUUUUGCGUACUUGACUUUGAUCUCAUAAACCAUGGUAACUAGUGAGUCAUUGAUAAAAAAAUUAAUUAUUAUUACAUAGAAAUGUAGGUUUUCUGGACACUGAUUUACAUUACAGAUCAGGGCUGAGAAGAAUUUUCAGUUAUAAUGAUUUUAAUUGUAACAAAUUAAGACAAAAUAACACAAAAAUGUUUUAUUUGGUGGUAAAAUGAAUUUCAUUCUUAACCCCUUGUUUCUCUUCUGUUAAAAUUUUUAUUAUUUUUUUCCUUUUUUCAUUGUUUAUUGCACAUUUAGUCAUAUAUAAAUGAAA